AUGUCUGAAACCAUGAACUCCAAAGAUGUUCAGGUCGUUCCCGAAAACGCGACUAACACUGAUAUUACCAUGGCUGGCACUGGAACCGGCGCUGGCAUCACUGUGCCUGGGGGUGAGAACGGAGAAGAAAUACGCGAUGCUCCAUACCGCUACGCCACUCCCGAGCAGUCACAGGAGAACAAAGCUAUCAGUGACGAAGGCAUCUUUUCUCCAGGCUGUCCGAUUCUGGUCGAAGCCGAGAAGGAUGCUGAAAGGAGCAUCAAUGGCGAAGGCAAACUUUCUCCCGGCUAUCAGACCCAUAUUGAAGCGGAGAAGGAAGCAGAGAAGCCCCUUAAUGGCGAGGGCGACCUUGCUCCAACCUUUCAGAACCAGGCCGAAGCGGAAAAUGAGUCUAAGAAUGGUUACCCUAAAGAAGCUAAAGGAGAGCAAGUCGAAAAGGACGAGGCCAACGAAAAAGAGGAGACCGAAAAGAAGCCUGAUGAUAACAAUGACCAGGGACGUCCUCUGCCGGGACCGGGGCAGAUCACGGUGCAGAAACUAUCUCCGGUCUGCUCGAAUUGCAAGCGGGCGAAAGUGCGUUGUACUCAUCGCAAACCCCUCGGCUAUGAAGUGAUCCGAUCUAAGGGACCCUUGAAAAAGCGUAAGAGGGAAAUCGUCACUGAGGAUGAGAUUAAUGCUGCUCCCCCAGCAGCAAAAAUCUCUCGUCAGGUCCACUGGGGAGAUGAUGACAACGGGAAUAGAACAUCUGCCAAAGACAAAAGCACCGAGGUUCCUAACAAGCAGGGAUGGAGCCGGAAGCUUCGCAAACGAAAGUUCUCGCAAGUUGAUGAGGAUGAAGCCUCAUCUCGAACGGCAUCUACGUCAGCGCCUAGCCCCCCCCCUUCAGCAGUGGAGAAAGUGAGAGCAUUCUUUAUCAACGUAGACGAUGAGCCGGAGUCUUCUCCCAGGAAGAAAUCCAAGAGGGGACGUAAGCCCAACAAGGAACGUGUCCAAGUCCCCGAGGUUCCCAUCGCUAAUAGACGCGGCCGCAAAAAGGCUACUCAAGAUGCUUUGGCGGAGUCUACCGCUACCAACGCUGAUUCCAGCUCUUCUUCCAAUGCUGGGACCUCGAGUUCUUCAUCUCAGAAUGGGGCAUCGCCUGCCUUCCCAGCGGAUCCGUUGCAGGGCGCCAUUCAUCUCUCCCGUCAUACAAGCUUUAGUCAACAGCUGCGAACUGCUAUAGAAGACUGUCAGACAAAAUGGCAAGCCGCCAUUGAUUCUUUGGAAACUGCCAAAUUCUUGCUGGACAACUGGGUGGAUGGCAAGCCAAUUUAA